CCGUUCACUUGUAGCCAAACAUAAACCCAAGAGAUCUUCGUUCACCCAUUUCUCCGUAGUCCGUUACUCUUCGUACUCUCAACCCAUCACCACACUUCCACCGUCUUUGACCCUCACCGGACCAUCUCCCUUCACCAAACGUUCCCUGCGAGCUCGGCGGAUUCGCAAGUUCCCACCAUCUAAGGUGAAAACACUACUAAAGAAAAUGGCUGAGGGAGACGAGGACCUGCCAAGGGAUGCAAAGAUUGUGAAGUCACUGCUGAAAUCAAUGGGUGUUGAGGACUAUGAACCUCGUGUCGUACACCAAUUUUUGGAACUGUGGUAUCGGUAUGUAGUUGAUAUAUUGACAGAUGCACAGGUAUACUCAGAGCAUGCUGGUAAGCCUGCUAUAGACUGCGAUGAUAUCAAGCUUGCCAUUCAGUCAAAAGUGAAUUUUAGCUUUUCUCAACCACCACCAAGAGAGGUCCUACUAGAACUGGCUCGGAACCGGAACAAAAUACCAUUGCCAAGGUCAAUAGCUGGGCCUGGAAUUCCUCUCCCACCGGAACAGGACACACUGAUCAGCCCCAACUACCAACUUGCAAUCCCAAAGAAGCAAUCUUCCCCAGCAGUCGUGGAAACAGAGGAGGACGAGGAGGGUGUCGAUCCCAGCCCCUCACAAGAACAGAGGACAGACAUGCCACAGCAUACUCCUCAAAGAGUGUCCUUUCCCCUCACAAAACGUCCCAAGUGAAAACUUCAUCAACCGUGUAGUAGCAAUUAGAUCCAUUUUAUCUGAAGUAAUGACUUCUCGAUUAUGAAGAGACCUGCAAAGCGCAACAUUGCAGGAGGUGGGGGAGAUUCAAAUUGCAGAUAUUGGUAGCUGUACCGAAAUUAAAAUGAAAGGGGCAAAAGAUCAUCAAGAAUGGGGCAAUAUUUCAUGUUUCAGUGAUUCACUUUAAUGAAUAAUUAUACUUAUCAUUUGCA